AUAAUAUUCUCCAAGUGAUUAAAUUUAAGUAUUAUACUGAUCAUGUUUUAAAACAACACCACCCAAAUUACAAUUGUUCAUAUGUGUUUUAUCGUACGUGAAAUUGAAAACAUUAAUUACCAAGUGAAAUGACGUGUGAAUAAACGUUUUAUCUAAUGCAAGUGAAAUAAUUAAAAAAUGUCGCUAAACGAUGAUACCUUGCCUUCGGAAGGGAGAAAAAUAAGGUUUAGACCUCCUGCCAAAGUUUUGUUUCGAUCUGAUAGCAAAAUUGAGGACUUGCUAAAAAAUGGUAAGGGUGAUAGUGCAGAUCAAGUUGAUGGACCUAAGAAAGAUGCAAAAAAUCCAUCGCUCAUGUCCUUUUUGCAAGUGGAGUUGACAAGGGAUUACCUUUUGGAACAUGACGAGGAAAGAUUUUCAGCCCGAAGGGAAAAAAUUUAUUCCUUCAUGAAAAUUCCCAGAGAAGUUGAAAGAUUCAUGAGAUAUGGUUUUAUGCAGUGUACAGACUCUUUCUUAUUUGUAUACACAUUUCUGCCGAUGAGGGUAAUUUUGGCUCUUUGGGCUUUAAUAACAAGACCAUUUUCGAAAUGUUUUGGGUUAAAAAAUCCAAACAAAAGAUUGUUGACUCCAGCAGAAAUUUGUGAUUUAUUGAAGGCUGUUAUUUUAGUGUUAUGUAGUAUUAUUAUGUUUUAUGUGGACACAAACAUGUUGUACCAUUUGAUUAAGAGUCAGUCGGUUAUUAAGUUAUACAUUUUUUACAAUAUGCUGGAAAUUGGCGACAGAUUAUUUUCUGCAUUUGGACAGGAUACCAUAGAUUCCUUAUUUUGGACAGCUACUGAACCCAGAGGAAAAAGGCGGGAACACUUGGGAGUCAUUCCCCACCUGAUUUUUGCCAUUGUGUAUGUCAUUUUUCAUAGUUUACUAGUACUAGGACAAGCCACAACACUGAAUGUGGCAAUUAACUCAAACAACAAAGCCUUACUAACCAUAAUGAUGUCAAACAACUUCGUGGAGUUAAAGGGAAGCGUGUUUAAAAAAUUCGACAAAAACAACUUGUUCCAAGUAUCCUGCAGUGACGUCCGAGAACGGUUUCACCUCUUCACUCUGCUAUUCAUCGUGGUCCUCCAAACCAUGCGCGAAUACUCCUGGAAAGUCGAGAGGUUCUGGGUUCUGAUCCCAGAGUGCGUGAUAGUGCUGGUAGCGGAAGUCUUCGUCGACUGGAUCAAGCACGCUUUCAUCACGAGAUUCAACGAGCUGCAGUUGGACGUGUACCGCGACUACACGACCAGUCUGGCGUACGACAUGGCGCAAACCCGCCAGAAACACGCGUUCUCGGACCACUCGGACCUGGUCGCGCGCAGAAUGGGGUUCAUCCCGCUGCCGCUGGGCGUCGUCAUGGUGAGGGUCUUCGUCAGCGCCGUGGCGAUCGAAGAUCUCCCGAGCGUCGUCAUCUGCGUCGUGGGUUACCUGUGCUUGAUGUCGUUCAAGGUGGUAAACAGUCUGUUGAUCCUCGGCAAGGCUUGCGAGUUGAUAACGCAGCACAAGCAGGAGAAAGCCUCCGCGCAGUCGCCGUCCAGCAACAGAGCAAACAGCCCUUCGACGGUUCCCAAAGCGAAGGACUCGAAGGAUAUCGCUACGAGUCCUUUGCAUCCGGUCACGGAUCAACCGCUUUCCAACGGAGACUUCAAAGAAGCGCCGACUGAUAGUCUCCAAAUCGGCGACCUGUCAGCCGCGAUUUUCGCCAACAGCACUGUGGACCUGCAGAACGCCAGUCUGAACGAGGAGCUGUUGAAAGUCGAGGGCGACGAGAUCAAGAUCGAACCGGUUUUGGAUUCCGACAUAGUCACGCGAAGUUUUCCGAACAUAACGGCGGAAUUCCACGACGAUAAGCCCGAAGUUGCGUCCGAUAUGAAACGAGCGGAAUCCGAACCUUCGUUGAACACUUGCAACGCUGAAGAGGACGACAUUCAAAAAUAAUCACGAAGCACAACUCUCUUUUAAAAAGUGGGAAACGGUGGCCUUUCUUAUAUUCACAGCACUGUACAAUUUCAAAUGAUGAAGUUACUAGUCGUUGCUUUUGUUAAUAUUUAUUAUCAUUUUUAUAGCUAGUUGUUUUUUACUUUUUACGGCUUAAUUUUGUCAAAUUAAAAUGUAAAUAA